CAAUUUCGGUCAGAAAUCUUGUGGAAAACGCAUGAGCUUGUUCCAUGAGCUUGUGUUCUCGAUGACUAACAUAAGCUGGGAGGGUGAGUGUCUUUUCCCCGUAAUCUCCCACAUAAGUGCAGAAAUAAACCCGGAAACCCAUUCCGAAGGUAAUCUGGAUCGACGAGAGGCUGACUGUGCCUGUUGCGAAAAAGAGAAAUCCACCCUCGUCGAUCACGUCCAAAGAGGCUGGUCACUGUAUCGUCGAUGAUCCUAGGCUACCGAACCAAGCGGCAGAGACAGUGGGCUUAAACCGAAAUUGCGCUGGACUUGGACGCAAUCAGCCAAUUCUUUCAUGGUUUGGGGUGCUUCGUUUGGGCGUCUCGCUCGGCAGGGGAUUCCGCGGCGGGGGCUUGUCGUUGGCGUCGGUGCGAGUGUAACCGCCGCAUCAUCGUGGUUGAUUUCGGGAACGCCGGUGCGAUUGGAAGAGGCAGCGACUACAUCAAUAGCAGUCGCGAAUCCGGAUGCGUGCGACUUUGACGUCUACUUGGAGACUCCCACGGCGGACGAUCUCCCAACUCUGUUACGCGAGUUUCAGGCGGGUAAGGAGGUGUGGCCGUGGAUUUGGACGCAACCCAACGUGGAUGGACCCCACGACGUCUACGUGCUUCCGGAGCACGCAAUGGAUGAAUCAUCCUCCCUGACAGCGAUCCAGACUUUUCGAAUAAACAAUCCCGGCCGGAAUGUUAUGCUGGUAAUCCCGGAUCCCGCUGUCUUGGAUUCCGUUCCCAAAGAACUCUUGGAUCAUUGUGGUGUGGUUCAGUCCAAUAUUGCUUUGUUGAAUCACCGACAUAAAAUCCUCAUGCUGGAGGAUGAACGUGUGGUUUGUUUUGAUCGUCUCACGAUACUGUAAUACAGCGAAAUCAAUUUCACAGUCUGCUUCGGUUGGGAAGACUUGAUCGUUUGAUUCUAUUUCUUCAUGUUUCCAAGGAUGAGUACAUAUACAUAAGAAUCACCACCCAUAAAACCUGUUACAAC